AUGUUCCAUCCUCUUGACCCUCUCUCUCCAGCAGAGCUGCGCAAAGCUUCGCAGACACUGCGAGCCUACCAUGCCCCGACUGCUGUCCGGUUCAAGGUUAUCGACCUCCUCGAACCCCCGAAAGCGAGCCAGCUUGCGUACCUGCAAGACCAGACUGUUCGAGUUCAACCACUUCCUCGCAAGGCUUACACAUACUAUCACAAGCAUGGCAGUACGACGCUACGCAAAGCAAAAAUAAAUCUCAGCAAGGGAGUCGUGGAAGUGGAUGAGGAAUACCCAGAAAUACAAGGGCCAGCCGAUAUGGACGAGAUUGAUCGCAUUAUUCAAACCUGUGCCGAACAUCCAGCAGUACAGGCUGAGGUUGAAAAGCUCAAGCUUCCGAAGGGGGCAACGAUAAUCAAUGAUCCUUGGCUCUAUGGCACAGAUGAUGCAAAUGAGCGUCGACGCCUCUACCAAUGCUACAUGUACAUUGCCCUCAACGAUGACCCAGAAGCAAACCACUACUCCAUCCCGACCACGUUUGCCCCUAUUUUUGACGCCCACACGCUUGAAUUGUUGGAAAUUGAGAGACUCCCAGUAGGUGUCGGAGCCGAAUUAGAAUCCGACACUCUGCCAUGGGAACCCGUCAAGGCGGUGGAAUACAGCGCAAGGGUUCUGGGCAAUGACUACUUCAGAAAAGAUGUAAAGCCUUUGCACGUGGUUCAGCCUGAAGGUCCAUCCUUCCGCAUCGAUGGUCGUCAUGUUUCCUGGCAGAAAUGGUCCUUCCACAUGGGCUGGAAUGUUCGUGAAGGUCCCAUUCUCAAUAAUGUCUUCUAUGACGGUCGGUCCCUAUUCCAUCGAAUCUCAAUGAGCGAGAUGACUGUCCCUUACGGUGACCCUCGCUCCCCUUAUCACCGCAAGCAGGCGUUCGACCUGGGAGACUCUGGAUUCGGUAUCACCUCCAACACAUUGACCCUGGGCUGUGAUUGCCUAGGUCUUAUUGCUUACUUCGAUGGUAUCCGGACCUCAGGAUCUGGAGAGCCAGUAGUCAUGAAGAACGUCAUUUGCAUGCAUGAAGUGGACGACGGAGUCGGAUGGAAGCACACGAACAUUCGCAAUGGGCAGGCCUCCAUGGUUCGAAACCGCCAGCUGGUAAUUCAGUGCACGGCCACUGUACUCAACUAUGAAUACAUUCUCGCUUACAUUCUCGACCAGGCAGGUAACAUCCACAUCGAUGUCAAAGCCACGGGCAUUGUGUCUACCAUGCCCAUCCGCCAGAAGGCUCUUUCUCCAUGGGGAACAGUGGUUGCGCCCGGUGUCCUUGCUGUUAACCACCAGCAUCUCUUCUGCUUGCGUAUCGACCCAGCCCUUGAUGGAUUGAAGAAUACAAUUACCUAUGAUGACAUUAAGCCGGUCGUGAACAACCCGCAGCUCGAUCCCUUCGGUGUAGCGUUCCGUGUCCACACCACGCCCAUCACCCAACCUGGCGGUUAUGAUCUCGAUACAAGCCAGUCUCGAACUUAUAAAAUCAUUAACACAUCUCAAAUCAACCCUGUUUCGGGCAAGCCGGUCGGCUACAAGCUACACGCGCUACCCAGUCAAAUGCUCAUGAUGGGGCCAGAGACUUUCAACUACAAACGCGGCCAUUUCUCUUCCAAGCCCAUCUGGGUGACGUCCUACCAGGAUGAUGAGUUCUGGGCUGCUGGUGAGUUCACCAACCAAAGCCGAGAGGACACUGGCUUGGGUGUAUGGGCUCGUCGUAGUGAGAAUGUCGAGAAUGCAGAUGUCGUUCUCUGGCACACUUUUGGCGUCACUCAUGUUACUCGACCUGAAGACUUCCCGGUUAUGCCAGUUGAGAAGAUGUCAGUGUCUUUGAAGCCGACUAGCUUCUUCGAACUGAAUCCUUCCAAUGAUGUUCCUCGCUCGAACCAGAACAUGAAUCGAUCGACCUUGGUGGAUCAUUCGAGCACAGCGCCGGAUUGUGGAAAGUGCAGUUUGUAA